GCUCUGACGUCACGUGGCGCUAGAAUGAAGCUGAGAUGAAUACUAUAAAAGCCGGGGAGACGUUCCUAUUAAUUCUCUAGCAGUGGUUUUUCAGAAUCGUAGAACUCCUUGUAGACGAAGAACAAAAUGCAUUUUCUGUAUUUGCAAGCCUCAACGAUUGUCCAAGUUUGGACUUUUAUGACUGUCUCCAUAUCUCUUGGUCAUAAAUGGACAUACACGGGGCCGGAUGGAGAGGAGCACUGGCAUGAACACUACCCCUUCUGCCAUGGGACGUUCCAGUCGCCCAUUGACUUAAAUUCAGAGCUGCUUAGGUACGACCCAACCUUGGUGCCCAUCGAGGUGUGGAACUACAACCUGUCAUCCUAUGAGCAGCUGACUCUGGGCAACAAUGGACACUCAGUGCAACUGUCCCUGCCACGCAGAAUGCACCUCUCCGGCCUGCCUCACCGCUACUCGGCAGCCCAGCUCCACCUGCACUGGGGCUCCCCCACCAUGCCUGCCGGCUCCGAGCACACCGUCAAUGGCAAGCAGUUCACAGCCGAGCUGCACGUGGUGCAUUUCAAUUCAGACAGGUACCCCAAUGUCUCUGUGGCGGCGGACAAGUCGGAUGGGCUGGCGGUACUUGGGAUUCUGAUUGAGGUCGGAGACUACAAUCCAUCCUUCGGCCAGUUCCUUAAAUAUCUCGAUGGAGUCAAAUACAAGGAUCAGAGAAUCCAGGUUCCGGCCUUUGACAUCCGAGGGCUGCUUCCCGCACGUAUGGACGAGUACUACCGAUACGACGGCUCCCUCACCACGCCUCCCUGCUACCCCAGUGUGCUGUGGACAGUCUUCAGGAACCCCAUCACCAUCUCAGAAGAGCAGUUCCUGGCCCUGUGCACGUCCGUGUUUUCCUCCAGCCAGCAGGAGUCCGCACCUGUGCCUCUCAAUGGGAACUACAGGAAGUCGCAGGAUUCUGAAGACCGGAUCAUCUUGGUGUCCUUCCGGGAGGGGCUGUUUCUUGGAAUGAGCUUGGGCAUGCUGACCUCCAUUGUAGUGGCCUCGGUGAUGGGACUUGUGCUCAGUGUGACACUCGUCUGCUGUUUGUUGCGGAAGAAAAGGGCUGAGAGAGACCAGCAGAGGACCAAGAACAUCAUGUACAAGCCAGCCGAGAAAGAAGAAACAAUCUCCAAAGUGUAACUCUUCACCACCAGAGCAAAUGCAACCACAGUGAAAAACAGAUAACAACAGAAAAAAACACUAUCUUCAAAGGCUCAUGGUGCCCAGCUCAACUUCCAGCUGGGCUGCACAAACAAGAUCUUGUUCUUUUUUUAAAUUGACACGUGUCCCUUUUGACACCAAAGUUUGAUUGUGUGUACUUAGAUCAGAGGGGGGAAGGUGGUGCACAGCUCUAAUGCUUUGAAGGGGAUUGGAUAGAUUGUGUUUGACAAGGCAAGUGUUCUGUUCCAGCUGGAAUUCCUUUUGUUAUGCUGCAGGCAGGGGGACCUCAGUCUUACUGGCCGCGGUUGUGCUGACUGAGGAUGGGGAAGUGGUGGUGGUGGUGGUGGUGGUGGUGGUAUUAUUUGACACAUAGUUUAGUUUUAUUCUGGGUAGUGAGACAUUCUGUCUUCUCCAGUUCUAGUCAUUCAUCAGUAACUGCAGUGCAUCUCAAAGUCACAGAGGGGCUGUGGGGCACAGGCCGGCAGACAACCUGCGGCAUUCAUAUGUAAAGAGGUGAGGAGGAACAGGCUCUGAAGCGCUGUCCACGCGGAUAGGGUGCGGAGGCUGCCGGCCAAACGUGCAGCUCUGUAGGACAACAGCCUGGAGAAGAUCACCCCUGUGCUGCAUGGGGGAUCUCUUAUCUGUCGAAUCCCCUGGAUUCUAUUCUGUCCUGAGAGUGUGCGGAGUUCUGGGCGGUGAAGGCCUGGGGGAAUAAUGCACAGACCGGGCCUUUGUUCACCCCAGGCGAGCCGUGGGCUGACCCCUGGCCCUGCUCCCCCUGACCAGUCAUGAGACCAAGCAACUGCUGAACUGCAGAGAGGAGCUGCUCGUACCUCAAGGCCCGCUACAGAACAACAGUACAGAAUAAGCUUCAGAUAAUGGCCCUCAGAUCUCACCGCCUGCCUCAGUAUUAGAAUGUAGUUUAUUCCGGUUUAAUUACCUCCUUAAAGAUUCCAGAGCCGAACUGGAAUCACAAAUGUAACUGACCUGUCUGAGCAAUGUGCAAAUCUACUAAUGAUCUGAGAUAUACAUGUAGCCUGUAAAUACAUGUAUGUGUUUAAAUGUAUUGCCCUGCUAACUAUUAUUGCCUUUGUUACAUAUUGUGUUGUUGAGGAAUUAAGCCUGGAGGAGCAUAACUAAAACCUCAAAGAUUUUUAAUACUGACUCACAUUAUUUAUUUGAAACUUUGAUGAAUACAGGGUACAUUCUAAGAUUGUUUUUUUCUGAUUUUAAUACAUUGAUGUUAUAAUUAAAAAGAAGUUGUUGCUGUA